AUGGACAGGAACAUGAAGGAGAACCACGCUGCCUGCCCCGGCCGCGCCGCCAAGGUAGACCGCGUCUCCAAUCCCAUCGGGGAUGCCCCCAGACGUGUCCCCGUGUCGCAGCACUCAGCCCCGAGCCGCUCACUGACCACUGGAGCUCCAGCCCGAGUUCUGUGUCCCGCAAACUUUGCCCAGCGAGUCCCCGCACAACCCCAAAAACCUGUUCUGUCCACCCAAAAACAACCCAGCAACCAACCAGCUCAGCAGCUCCAACCCAAAGUGCCCCAGCAGGCUGCUGUGAGACCUCAGGCUGCAAGCAAGGGCAGUGAGAAACCUCCCCAGGCUGCAGCACCUGCACAAAACCCUGAAGCAGAAAGCACCUCUAAACAGAAAACUGAAGAGACCAAGAAGAAAAGUGAAGAGACUAAAAAAAGGCAAUGGUCCCUCGAUGAUUUUGAAAUUGGUCGUCCUCUGGGGAAAGGAAAAUUUGGGAAUGUGUACCUGGCACGUGAAAAACAGAGCAAAUUUAUUCUCGCCCUGAAAGUGCUCUUUAAAACACAGCUUGAGGAAGCUGGUGUAGAACAUCAACUACGAAGAGAAGUGGAAAUACAGUCUCAUCUUAGGCACCCCAACAUUCUCAGAUUAUAUGGCUACUUCCAUGAUGUGACAAGAGUCUACCUGAUCCUGGAGCACGCACCUCGUGGGGAGGUCUACAGGGAGCUUCAGAGGCUCAGCAAGUUUGAUGAGCAAAGAACUGCUACUUACAUCACAGAACUUGCAGAUGCCCUCUCGUACUGUCACUCCAAGCGUGUGAUCCACAGAGACAUCAAGCCAGAGAAUUUGCUGCUAGGAUCCAAUGGAGAGUUAAAAAUUGCUGACUUUGGGUGGUCUGUGCAUGCUCCAUCUUCUAGGAGAACAACUCUCUGUGGGACACUUGACUACCUGCCUCCUGAAAUGAUUGAGGGAAGAACACAUGAUGAAAAGGUGGAUAUUUGGAGUCUGGGAGUUCUGUGCUUUGAGUUCCUUGUAGGAAAACCACCUUUUGAAACAGAAACCUAUCAAGAAACCUACAGAGCUAUUUCCAGGGUGGAAUUCAAGUUUCCUCCAUUUGUAACAGAAGGUGCAAGGGAUUUAAUUUCCAGGCUCCUGAAGCACAACCCCUUCCAUCGCCUGCCCCUGAAGGAUGUGCUUCUCCAUCCCUGGAUCACAGCAAACUCUACCAAGAUUCCCACCAGCAGGAAGAGUGAUGCUGCUGCCCCAUCCAAAACAUAGUUUUAGGAGGGUGACUUGUGGG